UGUCUGGCGAUGAAUUAAACAGCCACCAUGUUGAGCAAAAAGGCAAAGACCAAGACCAAGAAGCGCCCUCAGCGCACAACAUCCAAUGUGUUUGCCAUGUUUGACCAGUCACAGAUUCAGGAGUUCAAAGAGGCCUUCAACAUGAUUGAUCAGAAUAGAGAUGGCUUCAUCGACAAGAAAGAUCUGUAUGAUAUGCUUGCUUCUCUUGGGAAGAAUCCAACUGAUUCUUACCUCGAUGCCAUGAUGAAUGAGGCCCCAGGUCCCAUCAAUUUCACCAUGUUCCUUACGAAGUUUGGGGAGAAGCUAAAUGGGACAGAUCCGGAAGAUGUUAUCAGAAAUGCUUUUGCUUGCUUUGAUGAAGAAGCAGCAGGCACCAUUCAGGAAGAUUACCUGCGGGAGCUGCUGACUACCAUGGGAGAUCGGUUUACGGAGGAGGAAGUGGAUGAGCUGUACAGAGAAGCACUUAUUGACAAAAAGGGGAAUUUCAAUUACAUUGAGUUCACGCACAUCCUUAAACAUGGAGCAAAAGACAAGGAUGACUGA